GUCAGUCAGUCACUGUUACAUACAAACAAUCAAACAUCGACAAGAACAAUGAAGAAUUUCACCCUCCUCAUCUUCACCACAGUUCUCAUCGCUCUCAUCUGCACACCAGGUGCUGACGGUAUGCUGGCUAUGCUCCCAGUGACAAUCAGAGCUGUACUGGCACCGGUGCUCAAGUUGGGAUGCAAAUUCGUUCCUAAAUUCCUGUUUCCGACUGACGAGGAGGUGGCCAGCUUCUAGUGUAUACAAGCACACAUUACCAGCUGAUAUGAAUAGAAUUGUUAUAACCCUUUAAUCCUCGUUGAAUUUAAUAAAUUCAGUGUGUAUUUAUUCUUGUGUUGCUUUUACUGUUUUGUUAUGUUUAGAUUGAUGUGGUGAGUGAUGAUUCUGCUCCUAUUUUGCGAAUUCUGUUUCAGAACCUUAUUUCGAUAUUCCUACAUCUUGGUUUAGUGCAUUAAACCUAUAAUUUUCAAUGAUAUAAGAAUAAAACUUGUGCACUGUGGUAGAGUGUAAUUCCAUUAUGGG